AUGUCUUCUCAACUUAAAGGUAUUGUUGCAGGCAUCCUUUCAGGCGAUUCUCUCAUCGUUCGCUUCGUUGACAACGUCCAAACACAAGUUAUUUGUUUAGAGCAUUUAGUUGCUCCAAAAUUCGGACGUUCUGACGGAACCUUCCCAGAUGAACCACACGGAUAUGCAUCAUGGGAGUAUCUCCGUGAUCUCUGCAUCGGAAAACGCGUUAUUGUCCAUUCAAAUAAUCCAUCAAACCAAACAAGAACACAUCCAGCCUUCGGUCCUCUUACUGUCACAUUUACAAAAAUUGAAUUAUACGAAACACAGGAAGACAUCGGCAUUUUGGCUUGCCAAAACGGCUGGGCCAAACUCCGCGAAACAAAAUCAGUUUAUCCAAAGCACGCUAGUUAUAUUGCAGAACUUACAAAGGCUCAGGAAGCGGCCCAGGCUGCCAAAAGAGGCAUCUGGUCAGAAACACCAGGCUUCGUUCGCCAACUUCCACAAAAGCCAAACGUUGAGCAAAUUCUUACCACACGCGAAUUCGAUUGCAACAUUGAUGGUAUCAAAGCCGCUACAAUUCUUUCAGUUUUCCUUCUUCCAAAUCAUGAAAACAUUUAUCUUAAUCUCGCUGGUUGCAAGGUCUGCUACUUCAAGGAAGAUGAUCCUAUCCGUGAAGAGAGCAAGAAAGACUCCAUCAACAAGUUCUUAAACCGUAAACUUCGCAUCCGUAUCACUUCUUACCUCGAAAGCAAUUUCCAGAGCUACCAGAACCAGGCAAAUGAAAUUCCUUCAUUCGUCGGAUGCAUUAUCACUCCAAAGAUGGACCUCGCUGUUGCAGAUUCCAUCAAGAAAGGUUACGCCACAUUCUACAAGAAGACAGCUGACCAAUGCCUCGAUCCAAACCUCUACAUCCACAGACAGCUUCUCGCUCAGAAGGAGAAGGCAGGUUUCUGGGCAAAGAACGAACCACAGUCACGCAUCAACACAAAUCUCCAACAGAUGAAUGGUAUUGUUACAUCUGUCCGCGGCUCAUCCGGUCUCUACGUUCUCGUUGAAGGCCAGCGCAAGGUCAUCUACUUCAACGACAUCCACGUUCCUCGCUUCUCUACAACAGUUGGCUGCGAGUCAAAUGGUUUCGAAGCACGUGAAUUCCUCCGCCAGAACUACCGCCAGAAGUACUUCACAAUCGAGAUCGAGGCCCAGUUUGAGGACCAUCUCUACGGCACAAUCUCGAUGAAGGGAAAGUCCAUCAACGAAGAUCUCGUCGAGAAAGGUCUUGCCACAGUUGACAAGGAUCCAGUCUGCGGCGUUCCAUCAUCCAAGCACGCUGCGUUAGUUGCAGCAGAAGAGCGCGCAAAGGCCGCCCACGUCGGUGUCCACGCCUCCGUCACACCAGAUCCAUUCAAGUUCACAGACCUCACAUACACAAAGAACCUCAACGACAAACUCAAUGAGUACAAGGGCCACCGCUUCCACUGCAUCAUUGAGCACAUUCUCUCCACAACAAGGUACACAGUCUUGCUGACAGAGGAGAAAGUCCUCAUCAGAGUUGCUCUCAACGGAUUGCUUCCAAUUGCACCAAACGACCAUUUCGGCCACGAUGCAAAGGCAUUCUGCAUGGACAACUUCCUCAACACAGAGGCAGAGAUCGAAAUCCUCUCUCUCGAUGAGCACACAGGAACAUUUUACGUCAACAUGUACGACUCAGAGAAGAAGAACAUCGCAGCGAAGAUCCUCAUGCGCGGUUACUCAGAGAUCCGUCCAAAGAUUCUCAAGUCAAACGAGGAGAAGAUCCCACAGGAAUUGAUCGACGCACAGGACAAGGGCAAGUCAUUCAACGAAGGUCUCUGGCAGGACAAGACACGCCAUCUCCAGGACUUGCAGAUGGGCACUGUCUACCCAGUCAGCGUCGUCUGCGUCUCAACACCAACAAACAUCGUCAUCCAGCACAACGGUGAAGCACUCAAGACAAUCGCAAAGGAACUCGCAGACAUGAAGCUCGAUGAGAGCCGCUUCACAGAGAUCCCACUCAAGAACGACUGCCUCGUCUAUCACGUCAAGAACCAGUCAUUCAGAGUCAGGAUCGAACAGAUCAACCAGAACGAGAAGACAGCUACAGUAAGACUCAUUGACUACUGCACAUCGACAGAAGCUAAGUUCGACGACCUCUACAAACUUCCUCCAAACCUUUACACCAUUCCACCUCAGGGACGCCAGGUUGUACUUGCCGGCCUGCAGGAGGUUCCAAAGUCACCAGAGAAGACAAAGGAAGACACAAGGUUCAUCUACGAGCUCAUCCAGAACGCUUGCCUCUACAUGCACCUCGUCAGCGAUAAGGAUAACGAUCCAUCAGUCAUCCUUCUCGACAGAGAGAAAAUGGAGGAGGCCGGUUCACUCAGCCAGGUCAUCAUCCAGAAGAGAAUGGCUACAUACCAGGAGGUUCCUAAUCUCCCACCUCAGUUCAAUAAUAUUUUCGAAAUACUUAAGAAUGUCAAACCAGAAUAA